AAAAGUGAAAAACCCUUGCACAGCUAUUGUUGAGUGUCUCACCCGUAUUAAAAUUUUCCAUAUUUAUGGUACUUUUUCAUAAUAAUUCCUUGAAGUGGGAAGUGAGAGCUAAAACCCUUUGAAAACCCAAGCACAACUAGAGAAAAUGGAAGGAAAUUCAGGGUACAAAGAUUAUGUAGCGGGUCUAACGGCCGGUAUUGCUAUGGUGGUUACUGGUCACCCUUUUGAUACCGUUAAGGUGAAGCUCCAGAAACACAAUACAGAAGCUCGUGGAAUACAGUACAAGAAUGGAUUGCAUUGUGCUGCUAGAAUAUUAAAAACUGAAGGAGUCAAGGGGCUCUAUCGAGGAGCUACAUCUUCAUUCAUUGGCAUGGCCUUUGAGAGCUCACUUGUAUUUGGCAUUUACUCCCAAACAAAACUAUUGCUGCAGGGUGGGUCAGAUGGAGGUAAGCCCCAGCCUCCAGCAAUAGUUCCUUCAGCUGCCUUUGGAGGAGCUAUUAUCAGCUUCAUUCUAUGUCCAUCAGAACUGGUGAAGUGUAGGAUGCAAGUUCAGGGUGCUGAUUCUGUGGUACUAAGCUCCAGUAGAUAUGGUGGUCCUCUUGAGUGUGCCCUUAAAACUGUAAAAUAUGAAGGGAUCACAGGCAUAUUUCGAGGAGGCUUCACAACCUUAUUAAGAGAAUCUAUUGGAAAUGCUGUCUUCUUUAGUACAUAUGAAUAUGUGCGUUAUCACUUGCAUCUGCAACUUAAAGAUGCUUCCUUUGAGUCUAGCCAAUUGACUGAUGUUGGAGUUGGAAUAAUGAGUGGCGGUCUUGGCGGUAUAGCAUGCUGGACAGCAGUUCUGCCGUUGGAUGUAGCAAAAACUAUAAUUCAAACUACCCCAGAGAAAAACCAGACGAGAAAUCCGUUUCGCAUUUUACAAUCGAUUUAUGCGAGAUCUGGUCUUAGAGGAUGCUAUACGGGUCUAGGUCCUACAAUUGUGAGAGCGUUUCCUGCUAAUGCAGCUGCAAUUGUUACGUGGGAACUGUCUGCCAAACUGUUGGGAAUCAAGCGUGAUUUGAACUAGAAAUGCCGGCACAUUUUGAGAAUAUGCCACUAUCAGUUGUGAUCAAUCUUACCAGUGACUCGGAAGAGUUUCAGAUGUUUAUCCUAUCAGUAUCUCCAGUCAAAGACGUCCUGCCUGCCGAAUGAAAGCAGGGGAAGACAAAGAAUCCCCAUUUGAGAUUCUAUAAAUAGCUUGUUCACCAUGCUAGUAUUAUUGAUUUACAUUGCCUUUGCCUAUUUGAAGCAGCACUGACCGCAAUGAAAUUCAUAUAAAAGAAGUAACAGUCAAAUAAUUGUGAUUUGGCCUUCGUUCCAUGUUAUGUGAUCUGGAGGCUAUUUGCCUUCUCAACCAUAGACUUUGUGCUUUUCAUGAAGGUAUUUACAUAAUUUUAAACAGCAUAAUACAAGAAUAUCAAUGGAUUUGCUUUUCACCCGGAAA